GUAUUUUUUGAGUCCACUGUUUGGUUUAGCUAGUGUUUGCAGGCUGUGUCAAAUUCAAGUGAAUAGGCUGGGGCUUGACACUCAUUUGGCCAUAACAGCUCCGGCCUAAAAAUUCAAAGGAGGGACAUUUUAACUAUACUUUACGUCGACAAAUGUUAAAGUAAUGCAUCCCUGGUUUAGUCAGAACAGGGAGUUCCGCACUUUCACAAAUUGAUGCACUGUGAGGUGAUUGCUAGCUAGCUAACGUUACCCGCAAACUCCCUCCAUCUCGUCGGUGUUUCUGUUUCGGUCACAGCACCUCUGCUCUGUUGCUGUCUUUACAACUUCAAAACAGGUCUUGCGGAUUUUGGUUUUAAGAGCUACAAUGGGGGCGUUUUUGGACAAGCCAAAGAUGGAGAAGCACAAUGCUCAUGGUGAGGGGAACAGUCUGACCUAUGGCCUGAGCAGCAUGCAGGGCUGGAGGGUGGAGAUGGAGGAUGCGCACACGGCAGUCAUUGGCCUGCCUCAUGGGCUCGACCCUUGGUCCUUCUUUGCUGUCUAUGAUGGGCAUGCUGGCUCCCAGGUGGCCAAAUACUGCUGUGAGCACCUGCUGGAGCACAUCACCAGCAACCCAGACUUCCAGAGUGGUCUGGAGCCCAACGUAGAGAGUGUGAAGAUCGGCAUCCGCACAGGUUUCCUGCAGAUUGACGAGCACAUGCGGAACAUCUCAGAGAAGAAGCACGGUGUGGACCGCAGUGGCUCAACUGCGGUGGGGGUCAUGAUUUCCCCAGGCCACAUCUAUUUCAUCAACUGUGGAGACUCCCGGGGUCUUCUGAGCCGUGGAGGAGCUGUGCACUUCUUCACACAGGACCACAAGCCCAGCAACCCACUGGAGAAGGAGAGGAUUCAAAACGCCGGAGGCUCUGUCAUGAUCCAGAGAGUGAACGGCUCUCUGGCUGUGUCCCGGGCCCUGGGAGACUUCGACUACAAGUGUGUGCAUGGCAAGGGCCCCACUGAGCAGCUGGUUUCACCAGAGCCUGAGGUGUAUGCCAUUGAAAGGUCUGAGGUGGAAGAUGAGUUUAUUGUCCUAGCCUGCGAUGGCAUCUGGGAUGUCAUGGCCAAUGAGGAACUGUGUGACUUUGUCAGAUCCAGGCUAGAGGUGACCAAUGACCUUGAGAGAGUCUGCAAUGAAAUUGUUGACACUUGCUUGUACAAGGGGAGUCGGGACAAUAUGAGCGUUGUGCUGAUCUGCCUCCCAGGGGCUCCAAAGGUGACUGCAGAUGCCGUGAAAAGGGAAGCAGAGCUGGAUAAGUACCUGGAGAGCAGAGUAGAAGAGAUCAUAAAGAAGCAGGGAAACGAAGGGGUUCCAGACUUGGUCCACGUGAUGCGGACGUUAGCAUCAGAGAGCAUCCCUAACCUCCCUCCUGGGGGUGAACUGGCCAGCAAGCGAAAUGUUGUUGAAGCGGUGUACAACAAACUCAACCCAUACCGAAGUGACGACACAGACAUCCUCUUCUUCCGGGGUUUCAGCUAAAACAGGAACUAAACCGAUGGUCUCCACCCACCUUUCCCCCUGAGUGUUUGCUGUUGUCUAUUGUCAGAUCUUGAAGUAUUUGAACUAUUAUUUUCUCACACAUAUUUUAUGAAUUUGAUUACGCCGGCCCCCUUCCUCCCAAAGAGGCUGAGAAUAGUCUGAGAAUCUCAGUGAUUAUUGGCACCCUCUUUGGCAAAACUGAAUAUUUUUCCACACAACUCACCUGUCUGAAUCGAUCACAUAACAUCAUUCCAGCCCAAGGUGCGGAUCUGAGAGAUAAACCGGUACCGGUUUAUCUUUCAAAGAUGUGAAAUCUCUUCCUAUGACCACACAGUCUAUGGGCUAGCACUUACUAGUCUAAAUGGUUCUCUCUUUAUGAUGUACUGUAUUUUGACAAGAGUGCUUUGAAAGUAUAUUUCAUUUUGUUUGGGUAAAGCACAUCAAUGUAGAAAGAGAUUAGGAAGAGGGCUUCCUCAGCCUUGGAACCACACACAUAACACGCUCAGUGAUUCUCUGUUUGAUGUUUAGUGCCCAACACCUUGUCAAGAGCGACAUGAAUAAAGACUCGUGAGCAGAUGACGCUCUUUCUCGAAAUCUC